AGUCCCCCGGGAAGGGGCGGCACCGGAGGGGCGCGCGGGGCUCCGGGCGCCAGGAACGACAGUUCAGCCUCCCGGGACCCGCCGCCCGGCCCCCGAGGGGCAGAGGGGGAGCUGCUGGGCAGGACGAGGCGGGGCAGAGCGGGGCGGGGCAGGACAGGGCGGCCGCCUCCGCGAGUCCUGACGGGCUCACCCCGGCCUGUCCCCGGCCUGUGACUGCGGCCGGCCGGGCGGGAGCCCGCGGGCCGGGGCUGCAUGGGUCUCCCGCGCGGCCCGCUCUGCUGGCUGCUGCUCGUGCUCGCGGCUGCCUGCUCGGGGCUCCUCUUCGCCCUGUACUCCUCGGCGGUGGAGCCGUACUCGGGGCCCCGGUCUGGAGCCAGGAGCACCACAUCACCUCGGGCAUUCUUUCCACCCAAGGCAUCGAAUUCUGGGACAAGAAAGAGCUGGCCCUGCCGACACUCAGUGUACCUGGCCAUUCAGCGGCACCCCCAUUUCCGGAGCCUGUUUAAUCUCUCCACUCCAGUGCUGUUGUGGGGGGGCCUCUUCACCCCAGAGCUCUGGGACAGCCUGAGUGAGCACAAAGCUCCCUACGGCUGGCAGGGGCUCUCGCACCAAGCUAUCGCCACCACCCUGAGCCUUCUGAGUGGCUCCGAGAGUGCGCAGCUAUUUCCCGCCUCCAGGGAGCCACCUCCAAACUGCAUUCGGUGUGCUGUGGUGGGCAAUGGGGGCAUUCUGAAUGGGUCCCGCCAGGGUGCAAAAAUCGAUGCCCAUGACUACGUGUUCAGACUCAAUGGUGCUGUGAUCAAAGGCUUCGAGCGCGAUGUGGGCACCAAGAUCUCCUUCUAUGGUUUCACUGUGAACACGAUGAAGAACUCCCUCAUCUCCUACAGGAGUCUGGGCUUCACCUCUGUGCCCCAAGGACAGGACCUACACUAUAUCUUCAUCCCCUCAGACAUCCGCGACUACAUGAUGCUGAGAUCGGCCAUUCUGGGUGUGCCUGUCCCUGAGGGCCCCGAUAAAGGGGACAGGCCUCACACCUAUUUUGGACCAGAAGCCUCUGCCAGUAAAUUCAAGCUACUACAUCCAGACUUCAUCAGCUACCUGACAGAGAGGUUUUUGAAAUCAAAAUUGAUUAACACAAAUUUUGGAGACCUAUAUAUGCCUAGUACUGGGGCUCUCAUGCUGCUGACAGCUUUGCAUACCUGUGACCAGGUCAGUGCCUAUGGCUUCAUCACAAGCAACUACCAGAAAUUUUCUGACCACUAUUUCGAACGAGAAAAGAAGCCAUUGAUAUUCUAUGCGAACCACGAUCUGUCCCUGGAAGCCGCCCUGUGGAGAGACCUGCACAAGGCAGGCAUCCUUUGGCUGUACCAACGCUGACCACAAAGCAUGGAGCCCUUUGCUUCUUGCAGAACUGUGGCCAGGUCCCCUCAAGUGGCCAAAAGCCUUUUUCUUGAUGUUUCAACCUUUGAAGGGGUUUCAACUCUCCUUGACCCUCCUCUUCUUCCCAACAGAGGGCACUGAGGUGGAUUUGUGACUGUCACUGAAGCCUGUUCAGUGAAGGACACCCUAUCUUAUCCUUGGUUCUUCCAAGAAAAUUCCUCUCUGGGUCUGAGAUAGACAUCCCAAUCUUGGCCAAGGGAAAAGACUGCUUUGCUGGAUUUGUUUUAAAACUGAAGAUAACACUCCCAAGGUGAGAUAGUGACCCUCAUCAGCAAGGGGCAAGCAUACCUCGAACUAAGCAGCUCGAAGCCAGCAGCCAGUACUGAGUGACUUCAGGAAUGUCAGCGGAUUGAUUCGGGGCCUAUCAGUUAACUAAGAUUAAUCAUCAGCACAGGCAAACAUAUGCUCCCCAGCCCAAACCCUCCCACUAUCAUGUCAAGCCCCACAACUGCCCAAUUGAGGACACCUCUUAAGAACCUUUCUGAGAUAACUUCCUUCUGCCCCAUGAUAAGGUGGGAGAACAAAAGGCAGAAUGUAAUUUGAGACUAGAUAAUUACAUAAGUGAUGGAUGACCA